ACGAAAUUACAGCGCGUGUCAUUAACCGGAAGAGCCUCCGCCUCGGAGCAUGCGCACAAACUGCAUCCGGGAACGCGGCGCUGCUGGCGUUUCAAACACACAGCAGGAGGUAAACACGGAGCCCUGCGGAGGAUUUUAUAUUUGUGUGUUUAGUUAAACGAUAUUACAUACCCGUUUGUAAGGCGUGGACGAGACUAAAAGCUGUUAAACAGAAUCCCGUGUGCUGCCAUGGACAGUGUGAAGAUGGAAUCUGUCCAGAUUAAAGAGGAGUUCCCUGAACUUGAACUGGUCCCCAUUAGAUUGGAGUUCUCUGGGCUGGCUUCCCUCCCCAUUAAACAGGAGCUCUGUGAGAUGCAAUGUGACAGCAGCCAACCAGAGGUCUCUGAGAUUAAAGCUGAGCACAAUGAACAGGAGGUCCCCCAGACAGAAGAACCCCUUCCUGUGAAACAAGAAGAGGUGCUGGAAACUGUCCGUAUUAAAUGGGAGCCCCUUGAAGUAGAGUUUGACCACACGGAACCAGUGAAGGAAGAAUCUGAGGAUUUCAAACCAAACAUCCCUGAGCUGGAGCCUGUACGCCUGCGGGAGUGUAGCGUGGUGCUGGAGAGAAUCUGCGUGAGAGAGCAAGGUGCUGGAGAGGAAGGCUCUCCCAACAGCAUGCAAGGAGGUGGAAAGGAAGACGGGCGCUCCCAUUCAGAAUGCAGUCUAGCAGGUUCCAGUCCAGCAGCUAAAGCGAGGGCGGGCGCUGGAGAAUAUCCUGACUGUGGGAAAGGUUUCACCCAGUUAGAGCAUUUAAAAAUACCCCAGAGAGCUGACACAGGAGAGAAACCGUACCACUGCUCUGACUGUGGGAAGAGUUUCAGUAGGUCAGGAGACAUGAAAGCACACCAGCGAAUUCACACAGGAGAGAAACCGUAUAGCUGCUCUGACUGUGGGAAGAGUUUCAGUCAGUCAAACAACCUUGUUUCACACCAGCGAAUUCACACAGGAGAGAAACCGUAUUCCUGCUCUGACUGUGGGAAGAGUUUCAGUCAGUCAAACAACCUUGUUUCACACCAGCGAAUUCACAGAGGAGAGAAACUGUAUCGCUGUUCUGAUUGUGGGAAGAGUUUCACUCGGGCAGGAACCCUGAAAGCACACCAGGAAAUUCACAUAGGAGGGAAAACAUAUUGUUGCUCUGACUGUGGAAAGAGUUUCAGUCAUUCAAACAGCCUUGUUUUCCACCAGCGAAUUCACACAGGAGAGAAACCGUAUCGCUGCUCUGACUGUGGAAAGAGUUUCAGUGUUUCAGGACAACUGACAACACACCAGCGAAUUCACACAGGAGAUCAACCGUAUCGCUGCUCUAACUGUGGGAAGAGUUUCAGUCAGUCAGCCAGCCUUAAAACACACCAGCGAAUUCACACAGGAGAGAAACCUUAUCACUGCUCUGACUGUGGGAAGAGUUUCAGUUAUUCAGGAAACCUGAAAACACACCAGCGAAUUCACACAGGAGAGAAACAGUACCACUGCUUUGACUGUGGGAAGAGUUUCCGUCUUAAACAAGGCCUUCAAAAACACCAGCGUACUCACACAGGAGAGAAACCGUAUCGCUGCUCUGACUGUGGGAAGAGUUUUAGUCGGUUAGACAACCUUGUUUCACACCAGCGAAUUCACUCUGGAGAGGAUCCGUAUCGCUGCUCUGACUGUGGGAAGAGUUUCCGUUUUAAACAAGGCCUUCAGAAACACCAACAAAUCCACAGAGGAGAGAAACUACUAAACAGAAUCCCGUGUGCUGCCAUGGACAGUGUGGAGAUGGAAUCUGUCGAGAUUAAAGAGGAGUUCCCUGAAGUAGAGUUUGACCACACGGAACCAGGGAAGGAAGAAUCGGAGGACUUCAAACCAAACAUCCCUGAGCUGGAGCCUGUACGCCUGCGGGAGUGUAGCGUGGUGCUGGAGAGAAUCUGUGUGAGAGAGCAAGGCGCUGGAGAGGAAGGCUCUCCCAACAGCAUGCAAGGAGGUGGAAAGGAAGACGGGCGCUCCCAUUCAGAAUGCAGUCUAGCAGUUUUCAGUCCAGCAGCUAAAGCGAUGGCGGGCGCUGGAGAAUAUCCUGACUGUGGGAAAGGUUUCACCCAGUUAGGGCAUUUUAAAGUGGACCAGCGAACUGACACAGGAGAGAGACCAUAUUGCUGCUCUGACUGUGGGAAGAGUUUCAGUCAGUCAAGAGACCUGAAAACACACCAGCGAAUUCACACAGGAGAGAAACCGUAUCUCUGCUCUGACUGUGGAAAGAGUUUCAGUCAGUUAGGCAACCUUGUUUCACACCAGCUAAUUCACACAGGAGAGAAACCGUAUUGCUGCUCUGACUGUGGGAAGAGUUUCCGUCAUUCAAGCAACCUGAAAAAACACCAGCAAAUUCACACAGGAGAGAAACCCGUUUGCUGCUCUGACUGUGGGAAGAGUUUCAAUCACUUGGCAUACCUGAGAAAACACCAGCAAAUUCACACGGGAGAGAAAACAUUUCACUGCUGUUACUGUGAGAAGAGUUUCCGUGUUAAACGAGUCCUUCAAAAACACCAGCGAAUUCACACAGGAGAGAAACCGUAUUGCUGCUCUGACUGUGGGAAGAGAUUCAGUCAGUCCGGAAACCUGAAAAGACAUCAGCAAAUUCACAGACUACUAAACAGAAUCCCGUGUGCUGCCAUGGACAGUGUGAAGAUGGAAUCUGUCGAGAUUAAAGAGGACAUCCCUGAAGUAGAGUUUGAGCACAUGGAACCAGUGAAGGAAGAAUCCGAGGACUUCAAACCAAACAUCCUUGAGCUGGAGCGUGUACGCCUGCGGGAGUGUAGCGUGGUGCUGGAGAGAAUCUGCGUGAGAGAGCAAGGCGCUGGAGAGGAAGGCUCUCCCAAUGGGCGAUCACAUUCAGAAUGCAGUCUAGCAGGUUCCAGUCCAGCAGCUAAAGCUAGGGCGGGCGGUGGAGAAUAUCCUGAGUGUGGGAAAGGGUUCACCCAGCUAGGGCAUUUAAAAAUGCACCAGCGAACUCACACAGGUGAGAGACCUUAUCCCUGCUCUGACUGUGGGAAGAGUUUCAGUCUGUCAGGAAACCUGAAAAAACACCAGCAAAUUCACACAGGAGAGAAACCGUAUCACUGCUCUUACUGUGGGAUGAGUUUCAUUCACUCAGGAAACCUGAAAACACACCAGCGUACUCACACAGGAGAGAAAAGGUAUCUCUGCUCUUACUGUGGGAAGAGUUUCAGGCAGCCAGGAACCCUGAAAGGACACCAGCGAACUCACACAGGAGAGAAACCGUAUCGCUGCUCUGACUGUGGAAAGUGUUUCAGUCAGUCAAGCAACCUUGUUUCACACCAGAGAAUUCACACAGGAGAGAAACCGUAUCACUGCUCUGACUGUGGGAAGAGUUUCAGUCAUCCGAACCACCUUGUAGCACAUCUGCGAAUUCACACAGGAGAGAAACCGUUUCGCUGCUCUUACUGUGGGAAGAGAUUCAAUCACUCAAACAAUCUGAAAAAACACCAGCGAAUUCACACAGGAGAGAAACCAUUUCGCUGCUCUUACUGUGGGAAGAGAUUCUGUGUUAAACGAGGCCUUCAAAUACACCAGCUAAUUCACACAGGUGAGAAACCGUAUUCCUGCUCUGACUGUGGGAAAAGUUUCAGUCAGGCUGGAAACCUGAAAAGACACCAGCAAAUUCACAGAGGAGAGAAACCUUAAAGACUAUGUUCAAUGGGACCUUUCACUCAUGAGGAAAAAAACGUUAGCCUUGCAUUAUGAAUCCCUGUGUAAUUAGUGUUUUGUGUAUCACUCUUAAGGGCAUGCAUUUUAAAUGGUAAAAAUGCUCUUCAGCUCUCUUGCACUCUGAUUGUGUCAGAAAGUGGGCGGAGACGCGGACACGUCACAAGAGGCUUCUCUGCUGUCAGUUUAACUCAGGCUGUCAAUGCAGUCAGUACCUGGGAGCGGGAAUAUGCAGAAAGGAAACUAUUCUGCACCUCAUCUGAUGGACGAGUCAGGAGAAAUUGAUAACUCAGUGUGGGGAAUGAGUUUCAGGGUUUAGCAUUUAAACUGCAUAGACUUGAAAAUAAAUACAUUUGAUGGGAACGAGUAUCCCGACCCCGGUAUGUAGCAUCCCAGAGACAAGACUGCACCGUCCUUACUGGACAACCGCCUGGAGGGUUUGUCUUGUAAAUUCAUCAUGAUUCUAAAACUAAUGAAAAAUGAUAGUGUCCCAUGACUGUAUUAUGAGAUGAAUGGCUGAAUACUGCGUGACGUGUAGCUUUGCGAUGUGCAUUGUCCAUGCUUCUAUUAGUGCUGCUCUUGUAAACUGCCCUGAGUAAUAGCAGUGUAGCAAGCAUGUGUACGGAUCUUAUGUACAGAAAGUCAAAUUGUGUAACCUGAGUUCUAAAGCGACUUGACUGUACAAUUAACCCUGGUGUGUGCUGAUUAAUUAUACAACAAAAUAGUAAGCAAUGCGAAAAACACCUUUGUCUAAAUUGUAUUCAAAUGAGUAAAAUGUGUGUGGUUUUUUUUUUUUUUUUAAGCCCAUUGUAUCAAAUUGAGUUCUCAUGCUCUGCCUCUUUGGGUGAGCCUUCAUCAUGGUGACAUGUAGCACUCAGACAGACUCUACAGGCAGAGGAUAGAGAGGAGGGGCUUGCAAAGUGCCUUUUGGGUAGAGAAAAAUAUAUAUAUAUAAGUCACAACUAGUAUUUAUAGAUCUUUUUUUUUUCUUUCAUGGUUUGUGUGUCUGAUGUACAGAAUUCAUGUUGUUUGCCAAGAUACUGGUUAAUGUUCUCUCUAGUUCCAGCUAGCACACUGCUCCUGGGUAUUGCAACACUUCAGCAAGUUUAGAGCUCGGAUGCAGUGCUUUUAAUCCUGCAGUAAACUCCAGGGGAAGAAGAUGGAAACCAGUAUUUCUCACUCUACAUAUAGUUGGUGUAAAAUAAAACUUUUUCAUUUUAAAAUACAGAAAUAUUUAUUAACUACCCACUUGCUGAGCUGCUACGUAAGCACAUGGGUUUUUUUUUUUAAUAUCAUUUUUUGUUUUGUUUUUGUUACUGGUAUAAAGUGAAAAAAAAAUAAAAUUAAAUUCUUCAGUUUCCAAAGAGUGAAUUUACAAGCACAGUGAGAUCCACAUUCAACUCAAAUGGUGUCUAACAGGGCACUAGGAAAGAAGAGACUCCCUCCCUCAAAGAGAAAGAAAGAGCGCCCCCUCCAGUCUAUAGAGAUGUAAAGCAAGGAGACGGAUUCCAUGCGCGCACAGCAGCUUCACUGCGGAACGAAACCUUGUCAUGUGACAGAGUCAGAUAAUACAGACUUCAGUGACGUAUUAAAACGGAGACAUGCAGUCAUUUAAGCACGUGUCGUCCUUUCAAAGAACAAAAAAUCAACAAAUGCUAGAAUUUAAAAACAUGCACUAGUUGACAAUGCGGUGAAGAUAAAAAAAAGUAAGUUGCAUUUUGUAUUUCAGUUUUUUUUUUUUUGCGGCGCUCGGACGCGGCAGACUCAGAGUUUGUUUGUAAAAUGAACACGGCAUGGCGGCAUCAACAAGACCGAUUGAAUUUCCUUUGAAGUCAGACCUGUGUGACAAACAGCCUCUGCCUGCUGCUGUAUUACUGUGAGCCGCGGUGUUUUCAGCUCGGUCAAUGCUUUCUGUACCAGCACAGGUAUGUGAUGCUAUCGCUGUAGCUCUACUUACAGUUACACCAUAGGCUUUUCAGCACGAUAGAUUUUUUUUUAUAUAAUUGGUGUUUCUGUAUGGUAUAGGCAUUUUGUACUAGCACAGGCAUGGGCCGUUUUUAGGAGUUUUCAUUAGGAGGGGGGGCAGGCAGCUGGGGGGGCAACGAGUUAGGGGCGUUACCGCAGACAUUUCUGCAUUGAAUUUGACCGAUAUUACUAAAUGAAUAGAACUUUCACAUUUUCUUAACAUACAGUAUUUACACAUUUCUACACAGUAUUGGUAUACUUAGGCCUUCACAUGCUUUGCAUUGUGGCAAUGGGUGCUUCUGUUUCUAUGGUUUCUUUCAAAAAUAUCAGUUUACCCCAGUGCACCAAAGGACUUUGCCAGUACAACU